AUGCAAUCCAUCCACUGUCGCCUUCCAGCGCUGGGUCUCCCCAGUGUUGCUCAACCGCCAGUCCACUCCAGCAUUGACGAGCCCUUGCAUGGACGACAACAUAGUUCUCCCCUCACCAGCCUCCGACGACACCCCGAAGCAAGGCUUCUGCCGCACAAGGCACCCUUUUCGUGCUAUUCAUCCUCCCCUCCCCUCCCCCAGCGGACUGCCAAAGCGGCUACUGGCCAGGCCCUGGACCGAGUCCCGAUACACGCAGUGCAAGGUACCGCUGUAUGGGAGCCAGCUCAAGCGGUCUCAACACCCUUGCAGAAGCAUCUCUCGCAUACCCUCACAGCUUUCUCCCCCCAAGCAGUAACCGACCAUGCCGUUCCUCCGGGUCCAAGACCAGGACCUCUUCUACAGCUGGCACGCGGCCGGCGACGGCCCCGUCCUGCUCUUCAUCCACGGCCUCGGCUCCUCCAAUUCCUUCUAUGCCCCCAUCAUCCCGUCGCUCGUCCAACAAGGGUACUCAUGUCUUGUAGCGCCCUGUCCACGUUUCGCGGCAAGGACAGCGACCCGGGGAUGAUUUGCGGGGCAGCCAGCGCCCUCAUGACGGCACUGAACAUCGACUCACGGCGCGUCGUGGCCGUGGGCCACUCCAUGGGUGCCAUUGUCGCCAGCGAACUCGCGCGCAGCCUCGACCUCUUGGGCGUCGUCCUGAUCGGGCCCGUCAACCCCAACGAGGCGCUCGUCGACGUCUUUGAGGCCCGCACCAAGCUCGUGGACGCAGGUGGCAUGGAAGGCGUCGCCGCCGUGGUGCCGUCCGCCGCGACGGGGCCGAAAGCCACGGCGACGCAGCAGGCCUUUAUCAGGACGCUCCUCCUCGCGCAGUCGCCCGAGGGGUACAAGUCGUUGUGCCGGACGAUACAGCGGGCGAAUCGGCCACAGUACGAGGACAUCAAGUGUCCGUUGCUCAUCAUCGCAGGGUCGCAUGACAAGACGAGCCCGCUGGGGGGGUCGGAGCACAUCUUCUGGGGUGCCGGCGAGAGCCAGAAGCGCCUCGAGGUACUCCAGGGCGUUGGGCAUUGGCAUUGCAUAGAGGCUGCGGAGGAGGUGCUGGGUUUGGUGAGCGGCUUCGCGGCUCAGCUGAGAGACAAAGUCGCAUCUACGAGUUGA